GAGACGGAAAAGGUCCCUAUCAUCUAACCCGAUUUACUACUGCUUUAUCGCGUUCAUAGCACUUUUAACUACAUUUCUAUUACUCAUCAUGUCUACCGAAACUGCCCAGCAGGGUCUCAGAGAAGUCCCUCCAGACCCCAUAAACCCAGGGGAGAUCACCACCCCCAAGAGCGAAAUGGCUUCAGUAGAGGCUGCAAAGGGGGGCGUUCAAUUCAACGGCGAUGCUAGAGAAGAUGCCGCUAGUAUUGCGAAGAAGAUGUCCGGCAUUAUCGACCCCGCUAUUGAUAGGCUGAAGCCAAUUCUGCAAAUGAUUACCGAGGUUAGCACCCCGCCGCACAUUUUCUCCAUCUUCGAGUUCGAGUUCGGGUACGGAGGCUAAGGGUGGGUGGUAGCAUGUCGACAAAGCAAACAACACCAAGAAGGAAGACCUCGACGAGGAGAAGCUAGUCGACCAGCUCAAGCCGCUUAUCGAACAGGCGACCGGGAUUCUACAGGAGACCCACGGUGCUAUCAAGGCCCUUGACCCCGACGGAAAGGUUGCCCGCAGCGCACAGUACAAAGCUGCCGAUAGCGAGGCGUCGUCUGAGGAGCAGCGCCUUGCCCAAGGCCUUGCGGAGGUAUUCAUCCUUUAUCUUUCCCUCUCAUCCGCUCAACAAACCGGAAAGCUAACCCAUAUUGCACUAUAGUUGACCGGAAACGUCACAAAGACGAUCCAAAACGCUAAAGACAAGAUCAAGGACAUGCCGCACGCACAGAAAAACCUGGGUCCUCUCCUAGACCUGCGCGGAGAUCCUUUGUUCCAGAUCAUUUCUGCCGUUGGAUUGCUGCUGAACGGCGUCUUGACCCUUCUCGGGAACUUGGUGUGUAACUUCCACACUUCUGUGCUGUUUUUGUGCUUUGCUCUGUUUGUGGUGUGGCGGCAGUGGCAGGAGGCUAACUGCGGAAACUUAUUUUAGUUGGAUGCCCUUGGCUUGGGCGGUGUUGUCAGGAACCUUCUCGGCGGUCUUGGACUCACCAAGCUACUCGAUGGGCUCGGCUUGGGCAAGUGGCUUAAGCAGCCGGACUCCAAAUAGAUACUCUCUUCUAUCCUUUCGUUUCCGAAAAUAAUAAUAACAAUAAUCCUUUGAUGGCAUGAUAUUGGAUUUUUGAUGUCUGACUUUUGUGACUUUUUUCUUUCUUGUACGAUAAUCUCAUGGCAUUCAUUGUGUGAGUGAUCCUCAGAAAACCCAAGAGGUAUUGCGUAAUUACAAACAAGUGAUUUCUGUGU